AUGGCAUCUACAAUGGUUAAAUUUGCAGUACUCCUAUUCGCUGUAUGUGUAAUCGGCUCAUUGAAUGCCGCUGCGACAGGCACGAGGAAUAUUCGAGAAGUUGAAGAGGUUAAGGACUCAGAGGCCGAUGCGAUAAAGCCAAGAGGUGCCGGCGCCGGCCCAAUCGAUAUCGCCGAGCUCUUCAAGGAUUUUAAAUCUAAAGCAGAUUUCGCGAAGAUAAUCCGCGAAGUUAUAUUGGUAUUUAAAGGUGGCGAUAGCCCAUUGAAACUGUAA